CGUGGAACCCUGGUCCCGGGGAAAGAGGGAGGUGUUCGGGUUUGGAGGCUCCGGUGGGCCUCGCGACGGGCUGGGUCCCAAGUCGCCCCGCGUGGGGAACACGAGCUCGAGCCGGACCCCGGGGCGACGCACGGAGCGGCUGGUCCAGUCAUGGCAGACUACUGGAAGUCGCAACCAAAGAAAUUCUGUGAUUACUGCAAGUGUUGGAUAGCGGACAAUAGGCCUAGUGUUGAAUUUCAUGAAAGAGGAAAGAAUCAUAAGGAGAAUGUUGCGAAGAGGAUCAGUGAGAUUAAACAGAAAAGCCUGGAUAAGGCAAAGGAAGAAGAAAAGGCAUCAAAGGAGUUUGCCGCGAUGGAGGCAGCUGCGCUGAAAGCAUACCAAGAGGAUUUGAAAAGGCUUGGCUUAGAGUCAGAAAUUUCAGAGCCAAGCAUAUCACCAGUAACAAGCACUAUCCCACCAACCUCUGCACCAAAGCAGCAGAAGGAAAAGAAGAAAAAGAAGAAAGACCCUUCAAAGGGCAGAUGGGUAGAAGGCAUAACCUCUGAGGGUUACCAUUACUAUUAUGAUCUUAUCACAGGAGCAUCCCAAUGGGAGAGACCAGAAGGAUUUCAAGGAAACCUAAAAAAGAUAGCAGGGAAGACUGUUUGGGUAGAAGGAGUAAGUGAAGAUGGUUAUACCUACUAUUAUAAUACAGAAACAGGAGAAUCCAGAUGGGAAAAACCUGAUGAUUUCAUUCCACACUCUGGCGAUCUGCUUUCUAGUAAGGUCAGUGAAAAAUCACGUGGUACCCUAGAAGAGUCUAAAUCAUCAGAUUCUCAUAGUGAUUCUGAUGGAGAAGAGGAAGCAGAAAAAGAAGAGGCCUCUACCGAAACACAAAAGUCAAAAAUAAAGUUUAAGGAAAAAAGUAAAAAUAGUGAUAAAGGAACUGAACCAGAAACACAAAAAGAAAAAAAUAACCAAGAACAAGAUUCAUCAGGUCCAAAUGAAGAAAAAUCCAAAGCUCAUAAAAAAUCAAACCCAUAUGGAGAAUGGCAAGAAAUUAAACAACAAGUUGAAUCUCAUGAGGAGGUAGAUUUGGAACUUCCAAGCACCGAAAAUGAAUAUGUGUCCACUUCAGAACCUGAUAUUGGUGGGCAACCCAAAGUAAUAUUUAAAGAAAAAACAGUCACUUCUCUUGGAGUCAUGGCAGAUGGAGUGGCCCCAGUCUUUAAGAAGAGAAGACUUGAAAAUGGAAAAUCUAGAAAUUUAAGGCAACGAGGUGAUGAUCAAUAAUUAUAAAAGAGCUUUUUGUACUUCCUCAUUGGACAGCAUGGAGACUAUACAUCUUGAAACUCCUCUGUGUUUGUUUAAAUGCUAAAAAUUUAGAUUUAUUCUAAAUGUAUUUUAUGUGAAUCUAAAAUAAAUCUUUUUUCAUGUGAAACUUA